AUGUCCGAUCAAGAACAACCUCCCACUCCUAAUCCUGACUCAACAAACACAACCCCCAUCAAGCCUAAACGUGCACCUCCCAAACUAGGCAAGAAGUCUCCUGGCAAUCAAGAACAAACCCCUCCAUCAUCGGAACAAGACCAGGGCCAGGACAAGCAACCUAAAGAAGAAGAGUCCAAGCCCGAAGAGCCCGUCGAACAACAAGAACCGGACUCAGAGCCCGAGCCCGAACAAGAAGGCGACGAACCUGAACCAGAACCAGAACCAAAACCCCAACCCAAGCCCGAACGUCGUCGCAGACCUCGUCCCCGCCAAGAAUCAGAAACAGAAUCCAUCGCACGCAGCGAAAUGGAACAAGAGCCCAAACCCCAACGCCGCGUCCGUCGCCAGCGCCAGCCACAGCAACAACAAAACGGCAGUCCGCUCGGCGGGCUUCCGGGUGUUGGCGGCGUGGACCAGGCGGGCCAGCUCGUGCAGAACACAGCUGGUAAUGCCCUGAACGGGGUGACUGGCAGUGCAGGCAAGGCUGUUGGUGGAAUCCUCGGUAGUGGUGAGGAGAAGAAGGAAGACGAUGGCGGUCGUGAUGAGCAGCUUCGUCUGCGCUUGGACUUGAAUCUGGAUAUUGAGGUUCAGCUCAAGGCGAAGAUUCAUGGUGAUUUGACGAUUGGUUUGCUGUCAGUAUUCCCUGUUCUCUUCUGUGCGCUCCCCUUUCUCCUUUUGUUAUGCUUGGUCUUGUCGUCCCGUCACAUUUAA